UCGACGCUGCCGCUGUGGAGUUGCUAAAGCUAAGAAUAUCUCGGCCUCAGAUCGACCUCGGUUUGGGGUGCUCCAGCUUGAGCUCGAGGUGGCAGGCUCGCUCGAGCUCGGCUCAGCCCUCCCGCUCAGGGCUCAGGGCCAGGUUCAUCUCCUUUCCCUUCUCUCUCUCUCUCCUCCCUUGCUCUCCUUCCCUAGCGGCGGCGACUGGGCGAGCGGCGGCGCCAUUUGUCACGUCUUCGUCCAGCCCUUUGCCGGCGACGAGCAUCCUCCAGUGCCGUAGAGUUCCCCUCCCUGUGCGAUAGAGCUAUAAAAGUUUUAGAACUGGAGUAAAGUACCAGGUGCAAAUCAUGGGGAAGUUUAUAUGUGACAAUCCAAUUGUAUCUCCUAGUGAAGUAAAUAGACAUCACUAUAGUCUUGCAGCCGUUGCUGUCGGCUUGGGACUAGGAGUUGCUGGGUUAUGCAAGGCAUUUUAUAGUGGUUUGUCCAUACCAUGGGUCUCUCCGAGGAAUUUAUUUUUGGGAUCAGGAAGAGUAUACUAUGUUGGAGGUCUACAAAAUCUUGGCAACAAUUGCUUUCUUAAUGUCAUCCUGCAGGCACUUGCCAGCUGUGAUAGUUUUGUUUCCUUUCUAGAUAAUUUGCUUGCAACUGAUGGCUUGCUACCUGAAGAAAAGGCUGAAAGAAUGCCUCUUCUUCUUGCUCUAAGUUCUCUCUUGCAAGACUUGAGCGUAGUUCGAGAUGAAAGAAUUGUGUUGAAUCCACAUGGAGUAAUGCAUGCUUUGAGUUUCUAUGUUAGUCACUUCAAUUUGACCAGACAGCAGGAUGCUUCGGAAGCUUUUCUUCAUCUUCUGAUCUCACUGCGGGAUGAAUUUUCCCAUUGUUAUGUACCACAUAGGAGUUCUCUGGCAGACAUCACCCUAUCUCACUCUAAAGUAUACAAGCAAAGGGAAGGUAACCAGCCUGAAUGCAAGCGCUGGAAACAAAAUCUAUUUGGCCCCUUCGAUGGGACAAUUGGCAGCAUAUUGUCUUGCAGAAACUGUUCAUCUGUGCUAUCGUUGGACUUCCAGAAUUUCCAAUGCCUGCCUCUCUCACCAGUGCUUAAUACAAAUGGAGAUAUUACCAGUGGGUGUAGUUUGGUGGAUUGCCUAAAGUACUUCACUGUGGUGGAACAUCUUGACAAUUAUCAUUGUGAUCGGUGUUGGCAUAUUACUGCUGCCAAGUAUCUUUCUCUCAAAUCAGAAGCUGAUGAGGAAAAAGUUAGCAAACUUAACACCUGUGUCGACUAUGGCACUUGCAGUUGCAGGGGCAUGUUUUCCCCAGAGGGAAUACCUUGUUCAUCAUCUUCACGAGCAACAAAGCAGUUGAUUAUCAGUCAGUGUCCGAAGAUUUUGUGCAUUCAUUUUCUACGUGCUUCAGUUAGUCUUGAUGGUGAGCCCAUCAAACAUCAGGGACAUAUUUCUUUUCCUUUACUUCUCAAUCUAUCCCCAUUUGCGGGAGGUGCAUCAAGCAUUGGGCAGGAGUCUGGACCUUUGGCAAUGAACGUGCAAAGAGAUGGCCAGCAAGCUCUCCAUCUAUACCGACAACUGAAUAUGCAGAUGAGCUUGAAUGUAAUACCUACUGGAGGGAACUCGAUUCACGUGGCAAAUGUUGAUGUGGCUAGUAGUUCAUCAUCAUCACUGCAGCCGUCACCAUCAUCAUCAAGGAGCAAGUUAUGUGGUCUUUCAGCCGUUGUGGAACACUACGGGAAAUGCGGAGGAGGGCACUAUGCAGUUUACAGGAGAGUUGCAUCAAAUCCUGAUCCUGAGGUUCCAGGGCAAACUCUUGCAGGUCUUGGCAAGCGGUGGUUUUACAUUUCAGAUGGUCACGUAUCAGAAGUUUCAGAGGAUGAUGUUUUGGGUGCGGAGGCCACCCUUCUUUUCUAUGAAAGAUUGUAGCAGCUUAUUGAGUUGCAAACAUACCAUGGUACAAAAUUAAGAGCUAUUUGUUGUCCAGAGUUGGUGGGUUUUUUUCGCUCAAACGAGAGAAUAAAAAUUAGGCCUUCAUUGUUUUGUACUAUUGUACGCAGCAAUCCGUAGAUUGCAUGAAUUUUGUUCCAGUGGUGAUAAAAUCUUUGAAUCAACUGA